ACCGCCGAUUUGCUGAAUUGAAGUAGAAAAAAAGAUGGCUAGUGUAAGUGACGAAGAUAUUGCUGCGCCGGAAGAAAAAGGUCGUAGAGCAACUCGUUCAAGACAAAGUAAAACUUCACAACCGGCCGUUGUAGCUACCCCUACAAGGUCAUCUCGGCGAAACAGAAAAGUAGACGAAGAAGAACCACCGGAAAAAGUGAUUGCGGAAGAGAUACAGAAUGACUCAGAUGAACCCGACACAAAACAAGUAAUGGAACAACUGCAGGAAUUGAUUGUUCCGGUUUUGGAUACACAGAGCAAACUGGGUGAAGAAACAAGUUCGACCAAUCUGUUCGAAGAGUUUCAAGUGGACACAAGGACACCACAAAAUAAAAAAUAUUCCGACAGAGAAGACUCAAUUUCUGCAGCACCAGCUCCGCCGGAAGAUUGCGUUUUCAUAGCAAAUUUAGCUGCCGAGGAAAAUGCCAAUAGUUUGCCGUCAGCGGUUGAUGAAAGUUCUCAAAUUGCUAUCGAAAACUUAGAUGACAUGGCUUCGAUUCAACAAGAAGUGAAUGGAGAUAAUCAAGCCGAUAUAACUGGUAGUAGUGACCAUGCACUAGCGGACAAUCUGGCAAAUGGUUUUACUGAAGAGGACUCUAAAAACACGGAUCUGGAUGCGGAAAUGGUAUCAGAAGAUGAACUCCCAAGGCCAGUUCAACCGCAGGUUCAAGAUGCGGAAGAGGUUUCGGAUGAUGAACUGCCCGGACCCAGACUUGCUGAGCUACCAGCAGAUGCUGAAAUCGUUUCAGAGGACGAACUACCGCACUCGUCAGAAAAACUUGUUCCACAGUUGCCCACCGACACCGACAAUGUUUCUGACGAAGAGCUACCGGCCGCCAAGAAGGCCGAGUUACCUGCCGAUACAGACAAUGUUUCGGACGAGGAACUUCCGGCAGCUAAAAAAGCUGAACUUCCGGCCGAUACUGAUAACGUAUCGGACGACGAGCUUCCGGCAGCAAAAAAGGCCGAGUUACCGGCGGAUACGGAUAACGUGUCGGAUGAAGAGCUUCUCGACAAGACGUUGCCGCAAACAGCAGAGGUGAUCGACGAUAAGAAAUCGACGGACGACACUAUAGCUGAGCAGAGCACACCGGAAAACUCCAAGGAGAAUGACAAAAAGGAAACAUCUAAGAGAAAACUGGAAAAAGAUGAUGAAUCAUCGGAAAAAAUUUCCGAAGCUCCCGAGAAGAAAACCAAAGUCGAACCUCCUGCAGAGCCGGAAAAAAAGAAACUGCCGGAUCUUGACAAAUAUUGGAAAGCGGUCAAUGACGAUUCAACAGAUUUCACCGCUUGGACUUAUCUUCUGCAAUAUGUGGAUCAAGAGAAUGACAUUGAGGCUGCUCGUGAAGCGUACGAUGCCUUCCUGGCGCAUUACCCGUAUUGCUAUGGAUACUGGCGCAAAUACGCCGACUACGAGAAACGAAAGGGCAGCAAGCGGAAGUGUGAAGAGGUAUUCGAACGGGGCUUGAAAGCGAUCCCACUCUCGGUGGACUUGUGGAUCCACUAUUUGUCCCACGUGAAGGCGAAUCAAGCCGACGACGAAGCGAUGAUUCGGUCACAGUUCGAGCGUGCCCUGGCAUCGUGCGGGUUGGAGUUCCGUUCGGAUAAGCUCUGGGAAGCCUACAUCAAAUGGGAGAACGAAGGAAAGCGCAUUGAAAAGGUGGUGGCAUUGCACGAUCGGCUGCUGGCGACGCCCACCCAAGGAUACGCGAAUCAUUUCGAUAAUUUCAAAGAAGUCGUCAACAACAAUCCGGUUCACACUCUGGUCAGCAAAGAAGAAUUCAUUGAGCUUCGCGCUUACGUUCGUGAGUCCGUCCGAAAGCGCAAGGAGGAAAAAGACCGAAAGCGUUCCGGUUCGAACGACAAAGACAAGGACCGCAAGGCCGAUAAAGACAAACACGAUGAGCACAAGUCAUCUAAGACGAAGGAUAAGCGAGCCAAGAGUCAGGAGUCCGACGUGAAGGAACCGAAGGAGGACAAAGAACCGGACACCAACAAGGACAAGGAGGAACCGAUGGAAACGGACGAGACAAAGCAGCCGCCGGUGAGUGGCGAAGAAGCGAAAGAAGACGAGAAGGAAAACAAAGAACCGGCCGAAGAAGAGAAAUCGGUAGAAAAGAUACAGACUGAGCCGGAGGAAGAGAAGGAAGCCGAUGACCAUGUUAACAGUCCAGAAGAAGCAGAAGCUAUCAAAGACAAAAUCAUCUCCCGGAGAAAGAAAAUACAUAAAGCAACGGUUGCAGCAGUAACCGCUCGGUGGACGUAUGAAGAAGGCAUCAAGCGGCCCUAUUUCCAUGUGAAAGCGUUGGAACGCUGCCAAUUGAAGAACUGGAAGGAGUAUCUUGAUUUCGAAAUCGAACAAGGAGACGAGAAACGCAUUUUGGUACUGUUUGAGCGGUGUUUGAUUGCUUGUGCGUUGUACGACGAUUUCUGGUUGAAACUGAUUCGUUACUUGGAUGGUCGGUCUGAGGAUCCAAUCAUGAUUCCACGAAUCCGAGACGCUUAUGAACGCGCCUGCACAAUUCACCAUCCCGAUAAGCCAAGUCUACAUCUGAUGUGGUCAGCGUUUGAGGAAGCACAAUCCAACACGAACAAAGCUGCGGAAAUCCUCGCGAACCUGGAGAAGGUUUGUCCGAAUCUGAUGCAAGUUGCCUAUCGGCGGAUAAAUCUGGAACGCCGUCGCGGAGACUACGACAAGUGCGUUCAGUUGUACCAGACGUAUUUGGCACAGGCGAAAAAUCGAACCGUUGCCGGCAAUGUGGUAAUAAAAUAUGCACGAUUUCUCAACAAGAUUAAAAAAGACCUCAAUCAAGCCCACGAGGUACUCAGGAAUUACCUGGAAAAAGAUACGUCGAACACGCGAGUUGCUCUGCAGCUGAUUGAUUUAUCGCUGCAACGCGAAACAGUGGACGAGAAGGAAAUCCUGGAGAUCAUGGAUCAGUUUAUGGCACGAGAUGGAAUAGAGCCUGAUCAGAAAGUGUUGUUUGCACAGAGGAAGGUUGAGUUCCUAGAAGAUUUCGGUAGUACUGCUAAGGGACUGCAGGAAGCCCAAAAAGCACUGCAAGCGAUAAUGGCCAAGGCGAACGAAACGAAGAAAAAGAGGGAACCAUCGCCACCAAAAAAAUCAUCAAAAGAUACUACGGCGGCCAGUACCGCUGCUAGCACUAGCGGAACUGCAGCUAGCUAUGCAGCCGGAGGAUACAGCUAUGCGGGAGCAAAUCCUGCAUACUAUGGCACCACGGCGGCCCAAUCCAGUCAGUAUCAGUACGGGGACAGUUCUUCGUACGGCUACAGCACCUGGAAUCAACAAUAUUCCCAGUCCGGUUACGGAGGGUACAGUCAGUGGAGUGGGUAUGGAAGUUAUUAUUAAGCUAGACAGAAUCGGACCUAGUCAGAUUCUGGUAACUCUUUCUAUAAUUGGUUAAUCCCGUUUCUAUACAUACAACUUAACCUUCGUUUUAUAGUGUAGAGUUGGCACACAGAUUUGAGUUAAUUUGAACACUCAAGGAAUUUGAUUUGUUUCGGAAUACGGAUUUAGUUUUUAGCGUGAGAUUUAUGUGUCUCAAGUCUAACGCGUGAAACUUACUUAGUUCACAACUACCUGUUCAAAAGAUAAAAUAGAUUUUAAUGCACCUCAGACGCAUAGGAAUGAAACACACAGAUUAAUAAUUAAAUUACACACAAUUCUGCUCAUGUUUAUAUUUCACUUCCCAUGACUGGAGAAACAAACGUGUUGAAAAAGCUUAAAACACGGUAAAAAUUUAGAGGGAAAAUAAAUGAUAAAAAUAAAGCCAAUGGCGUAAACAACUCAUGAA